AUGCUUGUCCGUCCCUGGGAUCGGUCCCUCCUUGAGCUACCUGACGUUGCAGAUCUGUCCGACGUUGGGGACGAUGUGGAGAACGAGGGGGAUUAUUGGACUCCACUUUCUUCUCCGUCAGACGACUCACCUAGUCGUUCUCUUCUAAAACAGGAGGUGGUUGAUCUGGAAUCACGAGCAUUGCGGUUGCUUGUUCGCCUUGGGCAGCCUUUCGGGGCAUUUUUGCUAGCGCGGCAGCGCGGCGGAGAAUACAGGAGGGUUGCGUCGGAUCGUGACAUCAUCGCACAGGUCAAAGAUGUGGCUUCUGUUGUCGACCUCAUGGACAUCAGGACGAUAGAAAUACUGUAG